GUCUGUCUUAUCACGGUGGGCAGGUCCUCACCCGCACCUGCCUGUGGGCACCACUUGCGACCGCAGCUUGGUGGCGGGCAGAAGGCUUAAUGUCAUGGAGACCUUGGGGACUGUUCUCGUGCUGGGGGUCCUGCUCCUGUCCCCUGUGGAGGCCCAGCAGGUCACGGAGCGUCGCUUGAAGCCGUGGCUGGUGGGCCUGGCGGCCGUGGUGGGCUUCCUGUUCAUCGUCUACCUGCUCAUGCUGGCCAACCGCGUCUGGUGCUCCAAGGCGAGGGCUGAGGAUGAGGAGACUGCGUUCAGAAUGGAGAGCAACCCUUACGAGCAGGUGGACCUGAGCACGGAAGACAAGCAGGAGAAGAAAAAGAAGAAGAAGGCGGAAAAGGAAGGAGAGAGCAACUCGGGGCUGGAGCUGGACGAGGCAGAGGAGGGCAGAGACCCUGAGAAGACAAAGAACACGGCCAUGUGAUGAUCCUGCCACCUCCUCCAGGCAGCCCCCCAGACAUGCCCCUUCCCCACCCCGCGAGCAACACUCUGGAUCUGAAGCCAGAGAAGUGACUCCACCUGGGUUGAGAACAGGGCGUCCGGAGUGGAGCGGUGCGGGACUGCCCUGCCUCCCUCCAGGGGCUCUCUGGGCAGGACUCGGCUUCCACGCAGCCCCCUCCCGAGCGAGGUCCUGCUGGGUGGUCCUUCUUGUACUUGGAGAGCGUCCUCGGCCACAGAGACACCCUCAACCCCUCCCAGUCUCAUGGCUCCACCCGCUUCUACCCGCCGCCUGGUUUCUGUCCCCGCUGCCUGAUUUCUACCCGCCGGCACGUCCCUGCGCCCACCGGCCUGGGGGCCGCGCAUUAAAGAAUGGAUCAGAGCCCGUUAGGAGGGCUCCGUCGU